AUGGCAAAGGCAUACACGCAGGAUGAUUUCGAUGAGUUAAUGGGAAAGGUUCAAAAGGUAGAUAUGCGCGUGGCAGAGUAUUUGGAAUCGGCUGGUAGAGAAAAGUGGGCUAGAUUGUAUGCAUCUGUUAACCGACGGUGGACAAUGACUUCUAACAUAGCAGAGUGCAUUAACCGACAUCUUCUAGCAGCUAGAGAACUGCCUAUAUAUGACUUUCUCGAAGAAGUAGAACCGUCAACAGAAUUCGUGUACACAGUACAUGAUGGAGGACGACGAUUCAUUCUUAAUUUGAAUAGAAAAACUUGCAGUUUUCGUAUGUUUCAACUAGAUGAAAUCCCCUGCCCGCAUGCAUGGGCUGUCAUUAAAAAGAAAAAUCUGGUUGCUGAGGAUUAUUGCUCUGAUUUGUUCAAACCGGCGACCGUGUUGAAGACAUAUGAUGUACCUGUGGAUCCUCUACCCGACGAGCCUGAAUGGAACAUUCCCAACCACAUCUUGGAGGAUGUGGUUUUGCCCCCAAGAUACAAGAGACCGCCUGGUAGGCCAAAGAAGAGGCGUGAUAAGCCUUUAAGUGAAUUGUUGUUUGGAAAGGGCAGACAUGCUUGCAGUACUUGUGGACAAGUUGGGCACAACAGACGUUCAUGUAGUUUUGAACCUCUGAGGAAGUGA